UAACAAUUAUCUAUAAGCAAAAGUUUAUAAUAAUGUAAAUUCUUGCAUAAGUAUCUAUAAGAAUUUCGAAUUUCCCGCUAAAUUGGUACAUCCAACAUGGCGACCUUUUGGGCUUCAUUUUUGGCGUGGUGGGGACAAUAGCAUACGCACUCUAGAUUAUAUAUAAGACCUCAAUGGGUUGGAACGAACCUAAUAUCUCUUGUAUUGAUAACGUUGUCAAAGUUAGUAAAAGUCACCAAUUUAUUCAUAGAAUUGGAAAAUAUCUCAGAUUUCCCAUUUAAAAUAAUUAUAAUAUUUUAUGUUUAAAAAUAAAAUAUUUAGUGAUAUUUCCUAGUGUAAAUCUAAACAAGUUUUAGCAAUAUUACUACUGCCCUCUUUUAAAAUAAUUCCGAAUUAUUUAGCGCCAUCUUUUGAUUUAUUUCUAACUAAACAACCUAAAUCGUUAAUCGCCUUUGUUAUUAAAUGUCUUUUCUAAGGAAAUAUUUAAUAGCUUUUUAACAAACAACGUUCCAACUAAAUUAUCAUCUUAAUUAUUUUGUGAAUAUCUAUGUUGUGAGUAUUAUUAUUAUAAACACCAUUAUAAUCAAUUGGAUUCUGCGUAGUAACACAAAGGCUACAGACUACGUGAUCAACGAUUAUAACUCUGAUUGUAUUCACGUUCAAAAUGCAACGCAACACGUUUCUGCGCAAACUCCAAAUGUGUCCCAAACGCAGGUUAACGCAUGCGUUUAUGUAAAAUAACACCAAAAAACGAAGCAUUGCGAUUAAACGAGGUUUAUAUUAAAACAUCAUUCGAAUAGAACGGAUUUAAGUUUCUUGAUAAAUUAUUAAUCUAAUAAAUAUAAAAAGAAUGAAUAUUGAAGAGGUGCAAAUAAAAGAAGAAAUAAAAGAUGAACCAAUUUUUGAAGAAAUUGUGGAAACUAUAGAUUUUCCUAUUGAAAUUAAAGACGAACCAGAUUCAGAAGACGAUAUUCAGGAGACCGUGUUAGAAGAAAUAAAAUUGGAAAUAACUUCGGAACCAAAAUAUGAAGCCGUUGAAAUCCCUGAAGAAGAAUUGGCUAACUAUGAUUUGCUUAAUCAAGGAGUUUAUACCAUAAUUAAUAAUACAAAUGAUGAUAAUGUAUCUGUACAACAAGUUACUGUUGUUCCAAAAGAACCCAAAAAACCAUUAACAAAAAUAGAAAAAAAUAAAUUACGAUCAUCAUCGAAAAAAAUGGUUAAAUGUCAAAUAUGUGGCAAUAAAUUUUAUAGCAAGCAUACUUUAGCUUUGCAUGAAAAAACACAUAACAUAAGCACAAUUUUUAAUUGUGACAAAUGUUCGGAAGGAUUUCCAUCUUUAGGCCUUUUAAUGGAACAUCAAAAAGUGAUGAAACACUUCAAGGCUACCGAUUCAUUCCAAGAAAAAGUUCGAGCUCUCAACAAACGCGUUUUCAGGUGCAGAGCUUGCAGUUUGGUCUUUUAUAGUGAAAAAACAUUUCGUUUUCACGUAAAAAUUCAUGCAGGAUUACUAAAAUAUUCUUGCGAUGUUUGCGAUGAUAUGUUCAAUACCAUGAGCGAAUUAGCUUAUCAUCGAGAAACUGUUGGGCACGGCUUAAAAUGUCAAAACUGUGGAAUAAUCUGUGCAACAGUCCAAGAAUUAGAACAACACCUAAAAAUGCAUAGCAAGUGGAAAUUUUUUAAAUGUUCUGAUUGUAAUUUUGCCACGGUUGUACAAAAACAUUUACAACAACACCGAGCCACUAAUUGUCCUGCACUUGAGAAAACGGUAUCACCGAUUAUGUGCUCAUCUUGUGGCCUGCUGUUUCAAAAUAAGCAUAUUUAUAAAAAACACGUUUGUAUGUUACCGGAAAUUAAAGGUGAAGAUGCUGAUAUUGACGAAGGUAAUGCUCAAGUUAUUAUUGAGGAUUCAUCAAACAUUGUUACUAUAGAAAUGGAAGAAGAUAAUGAAGAAAGAUAAUAAUGAUCUGCUUUUCAUCAUUUUUCACUUCAUAUAUUACGUAAUUUAUAAAUUGGUUUCAUUGUAAGAAUCGUUAACUUUCAUUUUUAAUUCAAUAUUAAAAAGAAAUGGGUGUCUUCAGAAAAAUAUCUUAGUAUAAUUAUUUUACAUUCAAUGUUUUUUCAGAAGUGAACAAUUCUAAUUUUAAAUUCAGUAUCAUCAACAAACGAAGAUACUCUGAAGAGCUAUAAGAUUUCCAAUUUAAUUCUUUUUGUUAAAUUUGACUUUUAAGAUUUUUUUUUUGUUAAAAGUAACAUUUUAAAAACUAUAUCACUUUGUUACUAAAUAAAGGUUCUUAUAUUUA